AAAGAAUACAACGAUGUUAUUCAAAUACAAAACCCAUCUGUCAAGGCUUUAUUCAUUAACCAAGCUCAACAUGUUGCCGCCGUGGAUAAAGAGCAGCGUGAAUAUGUUGAAGCAUUAAAUCGUCAAGAGGUGGCUGAUAAAGAAUUAGAUGCUUUAAAACAUCAACAUCAAACCUUACAACGUGAAUUCCAAGACGCUGAAAAGGGCAUGCAAGAAUUGAAAUCUUUGCGCGAGCAGCAAUCGGAACUGUUAGAGCGAAUCUUCAAUGGAAAAUACGGUAGCGAGAAAGAAUACCGAUUAGAAUUAGACCUCGAAAUGAUGGAAGAUCGCAAGCAACGCGUUGCAGCUGCACGCUAUCGCUGGCAAUGUGCUCGUUUCUUGUUAAACCAUGCUACCAACCAGCUUAAUUUUGGAGUUCAGCGCUGGCAUCAGUUACGUACAAUUCACUAUCAACAAUUUCAUGUACGCUAUAAAAUGAUUGCUGAAACAAGAAAUAAUUUAAUAGCAUCAUUACAAAAUAUUAAUAACGCAUACCGCUAUCUACCGCAAAUACAAUUGCCAUAUGUCGGGGCAGAAUUUACAAAUCAUCUGAUGGAGUCAAUUAAUUCUAUCUUUAAUGAUGCUCAAAAUCCAACAACAUAUGAGCAAGUCCAAGUGCGUCUAAAUGACUAUUUCAAAAAAUGCAGCCACCUUAACCAAUGGAGUAAUCAAGUA